AUGAUUGGAUUUAAUGAAGAUGUUAUGAGGUCAUUGGUGGAUGAUGGUAGUGUGGAACAUAAAUGGGAUAGCUAUGACAACACACAUUUCUUAUGUGGUUUUCCAACAGAAGUGGACUUUUGCUUCCAGCAAGGUCAAACAUCUACUGCUCCAAUAACAUACAAAUUGUCUGUUAAAGGACCUAUUGAACUAGCAACUGAAAACGUACCAAAGCCACUUAUUGGAUUUAUGAGGGAUUGUUGCUUUGCAAUACAAGUAAGACAGUCAGGCAUACCAAUAAUAAGAUUAGAUGACUAUAACUUAGCUACGGACGACAGUGAGGAAUAA